AUCCAUUCAUUUUGGCCUAUCGAGGAGCAGUAACAUUUACCGUUACAUGUGUGAGACGGCUCUUUUUCAGCCUUCUGCAUACUGCGAGUAGUGAUAUACAGUUUCUCAACUGGACAAGGGGACCGGUGAGCUGCGACCAGCUUUCGACGUGCGUUAUAAUCAACCAUGACACCUCGUGUCAUUACACACACAGUACACGAGGUUUUGUAGUUCCAUUGCUAGAGCAUUUCAGGUCGCUGAAGACAUGGACGUCCAAAUCAAGCCGUACGGUCGAUUCCUAACCACGAUGCACAGUCACACCACAGCCGAGGCCGCAGCCUUCAGUCUUGUCGGUCGUUGACGUCCAAAAUGUUCCUCAGCCAUCCAAACCGGAAUAGAAGAUAUGGCCUAUGGCCAAUGACCAAUCCUUUCGAACAGCCACUUCUCUACGGUUGCCACGUGACGCAAAUGUUCAAGUACGUGCCUUGCCGCAAUCGCUCGCGGCACCCCUGUUCCACAUAUCUACAAGUAAGUGCGCCCUGUGGCCGCCUCAUACGAGGCCGACUUGUCAUAGCAGGAAUCGAUAACAGGACAGGACCGCAGGCAGAAACAAUCAACAGACCCCGCUUUCGCCGCGGACUAGAACCCUGUCUUGGCCGCAAAGUAGGCCUUCAUGGCAUACGCCUUCUGCUCGGGAAUCGUGUACGCGGGGUG